UACCCCUGUACGUCUGACCCAGAAGAUCAACACAGCCCUUAGAGUCUAUCUUUUGUUGAAGACAUGUCCUAUUUUGGGCGCCUAGACACAAUUGUGUACCAGACUACCCGGCAUCCAGGCAACGAUAUAUUAGACAAGCUUGUUUUGACUCUAAACCGAUGAGGUUUAGCAUAUGUAAGGUUGACCGAUGUUCUAAUCUCGCUUGGAAUAGGAGGUCCAGGUCGCCCUCAUUGCAUAUUUAUCACAACAGUAAAAUGUGAAAAAAUAUGUCACGAAAAUAUGAACAGAAGUCACUACGAGCGUCAUGGGCAGCUGAAGAUUUGGAAGAGGCGAUGCAGCAAGUCCGGGGAAAAAUUAUGGGCAUUAACGAGGCUUCCAGACGUUUUGGAAUACCAUCCAGAACAUUGAGAAGACACCUUAUAACGGGAAAAUCAAAGGUCCCCCUUGGCCGCAACCCUGUAUUUUCAGUUGAAUAUGAAAGAAAACUUGUAGCACAUAUACAAAAAUUGGAAAAAGUUGGUUUUGCACCAGACAGAAAUGAUGUGAGGGCUUUCCAGUUAUCAAAAAAACUUGACAUCAAACAUACAUUUUCUGAAAGGUCGGGAUCAGCUGGUAGGGUGUGGUUUUCUGGAUUUAUGAAAAGAAAUCCAGAACUAACUCAAAGAAAAUCAGAAGGCUUAUCACUUGCACGAGCAUAUGGAGUAAACAGAAAAGACAUUCAAUAUUUUUAUGACCUUUUGGCCAAAAUUUACGAAGAAAAUGACUUUGCAUCUCAUCCUGAAGAUAUAUAUAACAUGGAUGAGACAGGGAUUCAGGUUAAUAACAAGCCAGGAAAAGUAGUGGCAACAAAAGGGGCCAAAGAUGUAUAUACUCUCACAAGUUGUGAAAAAGGUGAAAAUGUGACAGUUAUAGCAUGUUGCAAUGCUGGAGGUAAUUUCAUGCCUCCUACAUUAAUAUAUAAGGGAACUUACACUAAGCCCCAGUUUUCUGAAGGGCUUCCACCAGGAUCACGGGACCUUAUGAAUAAAAAAUCAUCCUAUAUUAACUCGGACUUGUUCAUGCAGUGGUUUGAAGAAGUACUUUUACGACACAAAGGUCCUCGAACGACUUUAUUAAUAUUAGAUGGUCACAGUUCGCAUAGUAACAAUAUUCGGGUACUAGAAGUAGCCAAAGAAAAUAAUGUGAUACUGUUAUGCCUACCAAGCCACACAACGCAAGGCCUUUUUUAGGCCACUCAAAAUGUUUUUUGCACAAGAAGCUAAAUCUUGGAUGGUACAAAAUAGAGAAAAGAAGUUGACGCGCUAUGAUGUCUCAAAACUGAUUGGCAAGGCUUGGGGUAAGGCCGCCACUGUAUCCAAUGGUGUUUCAGCGUUGAAGUGCUGCGGUAUCUAUCCAUUUGAUCCCCAUGCUAUUGCAGACUAUCAUUUCUCAUUAUCAGAUUCGCUACAAGAGCAAAAUUUAGUUGACAUUGACGAAGUCAACAAUCAAAGUACAAGAAGUACUGAUGAGAGUCUUACAGGAAAUACUGCACCAGCAACUGAGAUUCUGUCACAGCCAGGAACUUCAGGUCUCCACAGCACUCCAGUCUCCCUACAUGAUGACGAAUCUGUGAAUACGCCGCAAAAGCACCCACAAAAUGAUGCAUCCCAACAAGUAGGCAUUUGUGAUAAAACGCCUGAAGAAGCCAUUCCAUCUUCUGAUGUAAAAGACAAAGGAACGCCUUCCAAAGUUCUAAGUGAAAUACAUCCAGUGCCCAAACUACCAAAAAAUCUGUCCAAAAGGAAACAAACAGCAAUCAUUCUCACUUCGCCGGAAAAUAUUGAGAAAAGAACAUUACUGGCAAAUAAAAGAAAGAUUAAAGCUGAAGCUGAGAGUAAUAAACUCAAGAAGGCUAAAACAAAAGUGACUAAUACGAAGAAAAGGGAUGACCUUAGUAGAGUAAAAGGUAAAAAGGUGUUAAAGAAGAAGCCAAAGAAGGAUGCGUGGGAUUCAUCGUCUUCAGAUAGCAAUGAUGAAAAUAUGGAGACGUUUGAGGAGUCGGAAGAAGAGCUAUCUGAUAAGGAUCCAAACAGAUGUGCCGAAUGUACUGAAAACUAUUACCAAACACAAUCUACAGAGGAUUGGAUCCAAUGUCCCACUUGUUCAGCAUGGCUGCAUGAAUUUUGUACAAUGUAUGCUCCUAUGUGUAAUCGUUGUGGACGAAAAGCUAAAAGGGCAUCUAUCCAGAAAUGAGUUCCAUUCAUGCGUAUAAACAUUAUAUACCUAUGUAUUAUAUUUCAAAGAUUCAUUUUAUCACUUCAUCAAACACUAAUAGUGUCGAAUUAUCAUUUCAUUUUUGUUUGUACAAAAGUAAUAUUCUAGUUUUAUUUCAUCAGAAGUGCUGUAUCUUACUCUGAUAUUCAUU